AUAAUGGCGUAUUCGGUGAACAUUUCUGUGGAAGCACCGAUCGAAAAUCAAAUUCAAGAAAUCACAUACGAUGGCCAAGAAAUUUAUCAAGCACCUCUUACAUUGUCUGAGAACUUGGUAAAAAUCGCGCAAAAAAUUGACUUUAGCAAAACCAAUGGAGAGGAUGUUAAAAAAGAAACUGAAGGUGGAGAAAAGGGUGAGGAGGACACAAAAGACUCAGCUUCUUUUCAGUCUUCCUUAUGGCCAUGGGAUAGUGUUAGGAAUAAAUUAAGGAAUGCAUUAACAGAAGUAUGUGUAUUAGCAGAUGUUCUUGCAAUAGCAAAAGAAAAGCAUUACAUGGUUCUUGAUCCUGUGCCACAAGAGCCAGCAGAAGUGAAACUUAUGAUACAAGUGUAUGCUAGGAAGAAGGCACUGGCUGGAGCUGCAUCUGUCAUUAUGAUGGGAGCUGAUAGAUUGAAGAACUGUCAGAAUGAAUUAGCUAGAAAUAGAUCAACUCCAGACUUUCACAUUGAAUUAUUGAGAUUGAGACAAAAUUGGCGUUUAAAAAAAGUUUCCAAUUCAAUUAUCGGUGAUCUCAGUUAUAGAACAGCUGGUUCUAAGUUUCCCCAGACUGGUAUGUUUGAAGUUACAAAGGCAGAAGAGGAAGAAAAAAGUAAUACCAGUCCUCCUGCAUCUCCUAGUGCUAGUAAUAACACUUCAGGCCAGACACAUCCUCCAAACUCCAAGGCUUCUGCAUUGAGAGUUACUAUUCCUAGUGAAUUGCAAGGUGUUGCUUACAUAGAAGUACUAUGUCAAAAAGACCAGGAAGACCUGUGCAGUGCAAAUAUUAGUUUACUUAACAACAGUGCACAUAGUUCUAAUGCAGAUAUGCACUGGCAGCAAAAAUUGGAAGCUGCACAAAAUGUUCUUUUUUGUAAAGAAUUGUUCAGUCAAUUAGCGAGAGAAGCAGUACAUUUACGCGCGCCCAUACCUCAUAUGGUUGUUGGCAAUCAAAUCAUGGCGACGGUACUGCCUGGUAUACAGUUAAUCAUCGGACUUUGUCACAGUACGGGAAACGACAAAAAACCAUCCGCGCCUCCUCCUCAUAAAAGUGAUCACGAUCAUGUAUUAGAACAUUCGUUGCAUCAACUUUUACGUGAAGUUCAUCACAAAAAUACUCAUCAUCCAUUCCCGCAUCCUUCUUCGGGCCCUCUCGGACCUAGUAAACGAAGAUGCCUCGCUGGACCAACAGCUGCCGAUAGAUACGAACUCUUAGAGAUGACGAAAAGUCAAACUCUCUUAGAACAAAUUAUUCAACAGGCUCAACAUUACUUUAUGCGAUUGCGUACCGAAUACGUUUUAGACACAAUAGCGAAAGAAGUGAAAGAUCCUUUGAUAGUUUCUCAUUGGAACGCAUUAAAUUCGCCCACGCAGUCUUGUGUAAAAAUUAAUAUUUUAACGCACGGAUAUGAUACCGUAUGUCGAACGUCUCUUGUUGUCCAUAUAGGAGAAAAGUCUUUGAAAUGUGUUUGUCGAGAUGGUAGAGUGAUGCAUAUGAGUUACGAACCUCAAGAAUUACGGGACCUAAUAUUUUGUCAGAUUUAUCAGCACCAAAUAACAGCAGUACAAGCGUUAGCAAAAUGUAUGGGUUGGCAAUUUUUAGCCAAUAGUUCACAUCUCGGUUUAGGUGCGGUAGAACCUUUAGGAAAUGCUAGCAGUUGUAUUUUAGCUUCUCCAAUAGGCGAUAGGAUGAUAGCUGUUAGAUGUGAACCACAAACAGGAGUACAAGUUGCAAUAGCUCAUUCCCCUAGGAAAGAUUUCUUCCCUGGCCAAUUAGUAAGAGAAAGAAAGUGGGAAAAUUUAGGUGGUUCAUUCAAAGAAGUUCGAUGGGACAAAAUGGAGGGAAAGAACUUUUUAAAUAAAAUGGAAUUACUUAUGGCUUCCUUAACAAGCUCCUAG